CCUGCUGUGUGCUUCAUAAUUUCAAUAACCGUAUUUGGAAAAAGAGGUGUGGCUUCGCUACUCCAUUGAUGUAGAGGAGUGUCGAACAGUUUUUAGCAUCGCCGAAAUUCUUCAAUCGUGUAUAAAAAUUGGAUUAUAAUUGUAAUUAAGUCUGUUUAUUUGCAUUAAGAAGACAGAAGAGAAGAAAAAUUGCACUGAUUUUCUCAGCAUGACUAAAGCAGAAUUUAUCCUUUCCUUUGCAGUUAUUUCAUCUGCAUUAUCAGUAACGAGAGGAAUAGAAAUAUGCAACUACUUACGCGGAUAUUGUGAUAGGACUUGUGAGUUUGAAUACGUACACAAAUGGGGAAUACCUCUCUGCUCCGGCGUAGGAAUGAAGUGCUGUGCACCAGACAAUGUUGUACAAAUGAUGAAAAGCAGAUCUACAACGACGACGACCACCACUACAACCACAACCACCCCGGCCCCGACACAAUCAUUGAUCGACUUACUCGUACUCGACCAACCCCAAUUCAUGUCAAACGAAGUCCCUAGAAGACAAGAUUGUGGCAAGCCUUAUUUUUCACAUCGCGCCAAGAGGAUUGUGGGAGGGACUGUGGCACCCAGAGGUGCCUGGCCCUGGCAGGUGUCCUUCCGGUACAUGAGUGGGGGUUAUGGCUGUGGGGGAUCUCUCAUCAGUGAUCGCUGGGUUCUAACCGCUGCCCACUGCUUCAAAGGAGCAUAUAACAACAUAAAGAAAUGGCGGGUGACAGUUGGAAUGCAUGAUAUGACUGGAAACGAGGCAUCGAGGAUGGACAUUGCCAUCAGAUCUAUAGUAAAGCAUCCUCUGUAUAUAGCGUACGACGAAAAAGAAGACAUGAGAAAGAACCAGUCAACACCACUUCACAAACGUUAUGCUCAUGACAUUGCAUUAGUGGAGUUAGAUUCAAGCGUUGACGUUCAGUCACCGUAUACACGUCCGAUCUGUCUGCCCCCUGUCGGCGAGCCUCUCUUUGGGAACGACGUUGACAAGAGAGAACCAAUGAUGCAGGACAACACAGUAAAUCUCUUUGACGUGGAGAGAAAGGGGCAGUGUUGGGUGACUGGAUGGGGAUACACUGGGAGAGACAGGGAAACUGAUCGCACACUUUUGCGCCAAGUUCAUGGGAACGUCAUCAGUAGCACUCAGUGCAGGGAGUUCUGGCAAACUGAAUUAGAUGACGAUACGCUCUGCUUUGGAGACGGGACACAUGGACCAUGCAAGGGUGAUUCCGGGAGCCCGAUGUCUUGUAAUUAUGACGGAAAGUAUUACAUUACGGGAGUAGUCUCGUGGGGAUCAGAAGACUGCAAACAAAAGGGUUAUCCGAGUGUUUUUACCCGCGUUACAUCGUACCUGGAAUGGAUCAACAAACACGUGUCACGUGGCUAAUUAUUUAAUUAGUCGCUGUGGCUUUUUAUAAUAAAAUUUCGGUAUGAAGAAUUCCAGAACGGCUCAGGGAAUACGAUUUAGAAGAAAAUACAUUUUUCCAGUAAAGAGUCAAAAUUAAUUGUA